AUGAAGAAGCCUGCGAGUCAAGCUGCGCCAGCGCGGCGCGUCUCCAAAGCGUGUCUUGGGAAGUUCCUGAAGUCUUACAAAGGGCUGGAGGACAUCCACCUGCCACUGUUUCGGGAAGUGAAGCGUGUCUCCAAAGCACAGAGCGUGCUUUAUCCCGGCAGUUACUGGCAUCUGACGGCUUCGCUGGUGUUUUCCAAGGUCCUCUACAUCGAUUGCGACAGCAAGGUCGGUCAAUUUUUCCAAGAUGAGCCACUACUGGAAUGGGUCAAGGAGCACAAAGACUAUGCAUCCAGCCCGGAGAUCGACUUCCGCCAGCAAAACUUUGAACGCCUGGACGUUCCGGAGGAGAGCUUCGACUUGCUUAUCUCCAUGAGCGCUGGCAUUGUAUCGAAGCCCUGCGGCCGAUACGUCAAGCGCGGAGGCUAUUUUCUCGUGUCCGAUGCCCACUUCGAUGCGCGCACUACGGCGCUGGAUCCACGCUUCGAGCUCGUUGCAGUUUACAACCCGGAGACAAAGAGGCUCGAGACGAAAGACCUUGCAUCUUGCUUCAUGACGACUGCGGGCGAGAAGAUCUCCGCCAACCAGGUGAAGGCCAGCAUUGCCAAGCCGAAGGGAAGCCGUGGUUUCAAGCUGAAGCGCGAGGAUUGGUUCCAUCUCUUCAAGCGAAUCAGAUGA